AAAUCAACCGCCGUCCCCCACCUCCUCCUCCUCCUCCUCCUCCUCGUCCGCCCAUCUCCACCGUCUCCUCCUCAUCGUCCGCCCAUCUCCCCCGUCUCUCUCUCUCUCUCUCUCUCUCUCUCCGAUGACUACGGACCUACUGAAGCUCUCGUCUCAUCGCACGCUCCGCUUCGCCGCCAAUGGCGGCGACCGGAGCAGCCUCCUCCUCCUCCGCCACCAGCACCGCCACCUCCUCCUCCCCCCGCGGGGCGGCGCCGCCACCCGCUCCCGCUGCACUUCGGCUCCCGAGCUCCUCGCCUCGUCCUCUCCAACACUCUCGAGGCCAGCCGCCCGGCUCCGGCUGCACCAGAGAAGAAGCCCGAGCGGGGCGACACGUCGGUCCUCCUCGACGUCUCCGGCAUGAUGUGCGGCGGCUGCGUCUCCCGGGUCAAAUCGGUCCUCUCCGCCGACGCGCGCGUGGAAUCCGCCGUGGUCAACAUGUUGACCCAGACCGCGGCGGUCAAGCUGAGCCCGGAGGCGCUGGGCGGCGGCGACUCCGCGGCCGGGGUCGCGGAGAGCCUCGCCGGGAGGCUGACGGAGUGCGGCUUCCCGUCGAAGAGGAGGUCGUCGAAGAUCGGGGUGGCGGAGAACGUGAAGAAGUGGGAGGACAUGGCGAAGAAGAAGGAGGAGCUGCUCACCAAGAGCAGGAACCGCGUGGCGUUCGCCUGGACUUUGGUGGCGCUGUGCUGCGGAUCGCACGCCUCGCACAUACUGCAUUCGCUCGGGAUUCAUAUAGCUCAUGGAUCAUUCUGGGAGUUUCUUCAUAAUUCGUAUGUUAAAGGGGGGUUGGCUUUGGGAGCUCUUCUUGGACCAGGAAGAGACUUGCUCUUCGACGGUCUAAAGGCCUUCAAGAAGGGAUCUCCGAAUAUGAACUCGCUCGUUGGAUUCGGAUCGCUUGCAGCCUUUCUAAUCAGUUCGGUCUCCCUUCUGAACCCUGGGCUCGACUGGGAUGCAUCUUUCUUCGAUGAGCCGGUCAUGCUUCUUGGCUUUGUGCUCCUGGGACGUUCCCUAGAAGAGAAGGCAAGAGUCAGCGCAUCCAGUGAUAUGAAUGAACUUCUAUCAUUGAUAUCCACUCAGUCUCGACUGGUCAUUACUUCCUCAGAAAGUGAUCUCUCUGCUGAUAGUGUACUUUGCUCUGAAGCAUUAUGCAUUGAAGUUCCAACAGAUGAUAUUCGUGCUGGUGAUUCUGUGCUGGUAUUGCCUGGGGAGACCAUUCCUGUGGAUGGGAAAGUUCUUGCCGGAAGAAGUGUUGUUGAUGAAUCCAUGCUUACUGGAGAAUCACUUCCUGUUUUCAAGGAAAAAGGUCUCAGGGUCUCAGCAGGAACAAUAAACUGGGAUGGUCCUUUACGAAUUGAAGCCACUACGACUGGUUCCAAUUCAACGAUAUCCAAGAUAUUCCGCAUGGUUGAGGAUGCUCAAGCUCGGGAAGCACCCAUACAAAGACUUGCAGAUGCAAUAGCUGGACCAUUUGUGUACACUAUAAUGACCCUAUCAGCGGCAACUUUUGCUUUCUGGUACUACAUCGGGACACACAUUUUUCCUGAUGUCUUGCUUAAUGAUAUUGCUGGUCCAGAUGGAGAUCCCUUGCUCUUAAGUUUGAAGCUUUCUGUGGAUGUCCUGGUGGUCUCCUGCCCUUGUGCAUUGGGCCUUGCAACACCAACAGCAAUCUUGGUUGGCACAUCUCUUGGAGCCAGAGAGGGGCUACUUGUUAGAGGAGGAGAUGUAUUGGAACGCUUAGCUAGUGUUGAUUAUGUCGCUUUCGACAAGACAGGAACACUUACUGAGGGAAAACCAACUGUUUCUGCGGUGGCUUCAUUGUCUUAUAGUGAAUCAGAAGUUCUUCGGAUGGCUUACGCAGUAGAGAGGACAGCAUUGCAUCCAGUUGCGAAAGCUAUUGUGAACGAAGCAGAAGCAAUGAAUAUGUCCUUGCCAGUUACUAGAGGACAACUCUCAGAACCUGGCUAUGGGACAUUAGCAGAAGUAGAUGGGCAUCUGGUGGCAGUUGGUUCAUUAGACUGGGUUCAUGAACGAUUUCAUAGAAGACCAGACCUAUCUGACAUUUUGAACCUCGAAAAGGCUGUGAUGCGUCAAUUGUCUAAACGGGUGUCACCGUCAAAAGAUUCACAAACAGUGGUUUAUGUUGGCCGAGAAGGUGAAGGCAUAAUCGGUGCAAUUGCCAUAUCAGACAGGCUGCGCCAGGAUGCCAAGUCUACAGUAGCUAGGCUCCAAGAGAAGGGAAUCAAGACCAUCCUCUUGUCAGGAGAUAGGGAAGAGGCAGUUGCAAAAAUAGCUCAGACAGUUGGAAUAGGACAUGAAAGCAUCAAUGCUUCCUUAACUCCCCAACAGAAAUCCGAUGUCAUCUUGGCUCUUCAAGCUGCAGGAAACCGUGUUGCGAUGGUUGGAGAUGGCAUAAAUGAUGCACCCUCUUUAGCUAGUGCUGAUGUCGGGAUUGCUUUGCCAAUUGAGGCACAAGAAACUGCUGCUUCUGAUGCAGCAUCCAUAAUACUACUCCGUAGCAAACUUUCCCAGGUUGUCGAGGCACUCGAUCUUGCACAGGCGACAAUGGGUAAAGUGUAUCAAAAUUUAUCAUGGGCGGUAGCAUACAAUGUCGUCGCUGUUCCCAUUGCUGCAGGAGUACUGCUUCCCCAGUUUGAUAUUGCCAUGACACCCUCUCUCUCAGGUGGACUGAUGGCGUUGAGCUCAAUUUUCGUGGUGACCAACUCGUUGCUUCUACGACUCCACGGAUCACGAGGGAACAGAGGGCAGUAACCAUUUCCUAUUAAGCUAUGGCCUCAUGGAUAUGCACUUCGCAGGAAACUGUACCAAACGCGGUGCAGGAAUAGCCAGGAACUCGCAUGGCAAGAUGGGCAGAGAAAGCAUCCGCAAUCUUCGGCACCGUUCAGACUUUAGUUUUUUUUCCUCCUCCCAGUGCUUCCAUUGUGCAGAUUUUUGUAUUCUAUAAACUGACCAUAGAGUCAACAAUGUAAAGAAUAAAGCGGAAAAUUAAAUCAUAGUUCCUGUGUAUUGAUGAAUUAAA